CCUUUUUUAUAGGGACGCGACCUGAAGACUCCUGUGUGGUCCAUUGUUAAUGGUCUGGGUGUCUGGGAGUAGGGUACUAGAGCAACUGUUUUUGACUUUGUGAAGGCAGAUGAAAAAGCUUCCACCUCACGUGUCUAUGGUGAUUGUGAACAUGGUACCAUUUACCUCAAAUAACACUUUGGAGAUACUGGAUAUUGAAUGCAAAGAUGGACACUAGGGGUUCCAUUUCAUGAUGGGUCAUAAGAUGACAGGACCAUGACUGAAGAGGAAAAGGACUCUCUGAAGAGGAGAAUAUGAAGACAAAGUAAGCAGGUUAGAAAUAUGAAACAGACAUGAGGAGAUUUUUUGAGUCACGCUGGAGGUGCGUGUCAUGGGGUAUGUCACCUCUUAAGGAGUUAGUCAAAGGACAAACCUGAAAGUAGGAAGUAGCUGAACAGGGAGCUUUUGCUCAACAGGGAGAGAGCCUUCAAAUCCCAGAAUGGCAAGGUUGGAGUGAUUUCAGUAACCCCCUACUUCAAAUCCCCCACCCCUCUUUAAACCAGAAGUGCCUCAUUGGUAAACACCCCAGUAACAAAGGGGUAGUUUGGAAUGCAAGUGAUCCUUACUUGGGGGAUAUUUUGAGUUUGGCAGGUUGUUUCAAUCUGAAGAGUUAGUUCUGGAAUAAACAAACCUGCAUGUUCCAUAGAUGGGCCCUGGGUCAGGCGGGAUUUAGAAUACUGUUUACGGCUUAAUCACUGUUAAAAUACACCAGGAAAAAAGUCCAUUUUCCUCAUAUGCCAAAGGUGCUGCCAACGUAAUUUGAAAUGCAAAUGUAGAGGCAUCUGAACAAGUGCUCUGCUCAAGGUACCAUGUUGAGGGGGCAGAUGAAAAUGAAGAAUCAGGGCCUUUUGGCUCAAAAUCUGGUUAAGUGGAAACCCACGUAGGCCCUGGUGAAAGUGUCUGGAACCUUCUAUCUAGGAGAGGUCCUGAGCGUUUUUCGCUCAGGAUCUGGCCCUGUUUUGAUCCCAGACCCUAAAACUGGGGCUUGGUUGGAGGAAGAGGCAGAUCUCAAAAUAGGACCAGAGCUUCAGGUAGUAAGAGCUUGAGGCGAGAAAAUCUAGUGGUUCUCCAAUGGCAAAACAUCUCAGCUCUUGAAAUAGCUUUAUUUUACUUAAUGACAAUUUAAAACACUUGCAACAGUGUUCUGUUCCAGAGUAACUGUUGCUAAGGGCAGGAAGCUCACUGCCAGGCUUGGCGAAUGCUCGCUCGGCUCCACACGGGGGCUCCGCGGUCGGCAGGUGUCGCGCGUCCCCUGCUGGCGGCCCUGCCCGGAACCGGGGGUAGGUCUGGGGAAGAGAAAGCGAAAGCGGCGGGCGCCGGGACUCCCCAGCUCGAGGAGCGUCGCGGGCAGACAGAAGGGGGAAACGAAGGUGAGCCUGGGCGAGCGAGUUUCAGAGCUCGGGGCUCAGCACGUAGCAGAAAGCCCUCCGGAACUGCAGUCCCGAAGCCGCCGCUGAUAGCACCAUGCGCUUCUGUGGCCUGAGACCCUGGGCCUUCCUGCUGCUGGCCGACUUGGCUCUACUCUGGCUGCUUCAGGGGACUUUGGGGGCUCUGUUUCCCCGAGGGCUUCCAGGCCUGUGGCUGGAGGGGACCCUGCGACUCGGAGGGCUCUGGUGGCUGCUACAGGUGGGAGGACUGCUAGGAUUGGUGAGAACACUGCUGCCCCCUCUCUGCCUGGUGAUCCCGCUGUUUCUCUCCCUGAGGGCCCUGGUCCCAGGGGCCUUGAGUGCUCCCCCAGUCAGAGUGGCUUCGGCCCCUUGGAGCUGGCUGCUGUUGGAGUACGGGGCUGUGGGGCUAAGCUGGGCAAUGUGGGCCCUGCUGAGCUCUCCAGGAGCCCAGGAGAAGCAGGGCCAGGAGAACAACACAGACUUGAUGUGGAAGCUGCUGAAGCUCUCCAGGCCAGACCUGCCUUUCCUCCUUUUGGCCUUCAUCUUCCUUGGUGGUGCCGUAUGGGGGGAGACAUGGAUCCCUUACUAUACUGGUCAUGUCAUUGACAUCCUUGGAGGGGAUUUCAAGCCUGACGCCUUUGCCAGCGCCAUCUUUUCCAUGUGCGUCAUAUCCGUUGUGAGCUCACUGUGCGCAGGCUCCCGAGGAGGCAUCUUCACCUUCACCCAGUCCAGUAUCAACGUGCGGGUCAGGGAGCAGCUUUUCUCCUCCCUUCUGCGCCAGGACCUCAGUUUCUUCCAGGAGACUAAGACAGGGGAACUGAAUUCAAGGUUGAGCUCGGAUACCAAAAUGUUGAGCCAGUGGCUUGCUUUUAAUGCCAAUGUGCUCUUGCGAAGCCUGGUCAAAACGGUGGGGCUGUAUUGCUUCAUGAUCAGCCUGUCCCCUCGACUCACCCUCCUCUCUUUGCUCGAGAUGCCUCUGGUAAUAGCUGGUGAAAAGAUGUACAAUGUCCGCCAUCAGGCAGUGCUCCGGGAGAUCCAGAACGCAGUGGCAAAAGCAGGGCAGGUGGUGCGGGAGGCAGUUGGAGGGCUGCAGACUGUGCGCAGUUUUGGGGCCGAGGAUCUGGAGAUCUGUCUCUAUAAGGAGGCCCUGGAGCGAUGCCGGCAGCUGUGGUGGCAACGAGACCUGGAACGUACCCUCUAUGGGCUCUUUCGGAGGAUGCUGAGUUUGGGAAUGCAGGCACUGAUGCUGUACCGUGGACUGCAGCAGAUUCUGGCUGGGGACCUCACCCAGGGUGCACUGCUCUCCUUUCUGCUCUACCAGGAGGUGGCGGCCAAGCAUGUGCAUGCCCUGGUAUACAUGUGUGGAGAUAUGGUCUGCAACAUAGGGGCUGCUGAGAAAGUUUUCCAAUACCUGGACCGAGAGCCAAAUAUGCCUCCUUUGGGGACGCUGGCGCCUUCCACUCUGCAGGGGCUUGUGGAAUUCCAAGAUGUCUCUUUUGCAUAUCCCAAUUGCCCUGACCAGCCUGUGCUCAAGGGGCUGACGUUCACCCUACAUCCUGGUCAGAUGACUGCACUGGUGGGACCCAAUGGGUCUGGGAAGAGCACCGUGGCUGCCCUGCUGCAGAAUCUGUAUCAGCCCACUAAAGGGCAGGUGCUGCUGGACGGGAGGCCCGUCUCCCAGUAUGAACACUGCUAUCUGCACCAGCAGGUGGCUUCGGUUGGGCAGGAGCCUGUGCUGUUCUCGGGUUCUGUGAGGGACAACAUUGCUUAUGGGCUGAAGAGCUGCGGUGAUGAGAAGGUGAUGGCUGCUGUCCGCGGUGCCGGUGCAGACAGGUUCAUACAGGAGAUGGAGCAUGGACUGGAUUCAGAUGUAGGGGAGAAAGGGAAUCAGUUGGCUGUGGGACAGAAACAAUGUCUGGCCAUCGCCCGGGCCCUUGUGCGGGACCCACAAGUCCUCAUCCUGGAUGAAGCCACCAGUGCCCUGGACGUCCAGUGUGAGCAGUCUCUGCAGGACUGGAGAUCCCGCGGGGACCGAACGGUGCUGGUGAUUGCGCACAGGCUGCAGACGGUGCAGAGUGCGGACCAGAUCCUGGUGCUCAGGCAGGGAGAGCUGCUGGAGCACACUCAGCUCGCCGAGGGGCAGGACCUCUAUUCCCGUCUGCUGCAGACACAACUGGAGGACUGAGGCCCCAGGACACCAAGCCCUCUCAUGGCCACCUCUGUGACCCAGAGCAGCUCGUGCUUUCAGUUUCCCUGGGCUCGUGUCUCUGGGUAGUCAUUCCUGGAGUCUGGGAGGCAUGCUGGAAGUUUGGACCACGUGUGCUCUUAUUGCGGCUGGCAGUGGGUGGGGGGGUGUUAUCUGUGACCAUUUCCCUGGUGCUGAGUCGUGUAUUGUGAUAUAAUACAUCUAUUUAAAAAUUGUUUUCUUAUUAAAAGAGACUCAUAAAUAUGGAGAACAAA